CGGCGUGACCCGAGUUGAGAGUGUGUACGCCUGCGCGAUGCGGGCGGGGCGUCUAAGGCGGAGCGGCCACCAUCUUGGAACGGGAGGCGGAGCAGAGCCGACUGGGAGCCACCGAGCGGGCCGCCGCCGCCGCCAUGAACCCCGAAUAUGACUACCUGUUUAAGCUGCUUUUGAUCGGUGACUCGGGCGUAGGCAAGUCAUGCCUGCUCCUUCGGUUCGCUGAUGAUACAUACACAGAGAGCUACAUCAGCACCAUUGGGGUGGACUUCAAGAUCCGAACCAUUGAGCUGGAUGGCAAAACCAUCAAGCUUCAGAUUUGGGACACAGCUGGUCAGGAACGGUUCCGGACCAUCACUUCCAGCUACUACCGGGGGGCUCAUGGCAUCAUCGUGGUGUAUGACGUCACUGACCAGGAAUCCUACGCCAAUGUGAAGCAAUGGCUGCAGGAGAUAGACCGCUAUGCCAGCGAGAAUGUCAAUAAGCUCCUGGUGGGCAACAAGAGUGACCUCACCACCAAGAAGGUCGUGGACAACACCACAGCGAAGGAGUUUGCAGACUCCCUGGGCAUCCCCUUCCUGGAGACAAGUGCCAAGAAUGCCACCAACGUGGAGCAGGCAUUCAUGACUAUGGCUGCUGAGAUCAAAAAGCGGAUGGGGCCAGGGGCGGCUUCAGGGGGCGAACGGCCCAACCUCAAGAUCGACAGCACCCCUGUGAAACCAGCUAGCGGUGGCUGCUGCUAGGAGGGGCCCUCGGGAUGGGACAGGAGGGAAUGCCUUCUCCAGAUGAUGCCCCUAGAGGGGGCAGGAGAUGCCUCUCCCUCUCCUGGGGCAUUUGAGUCUGUGGCUUUGGGGCGUCCUGGGCUCCCCAUCUCCCUUCGGCCCAUCUGCCUGCUGCCCUGAGCCCCGGUUCUGUCAAAGCCCUCAAGGGAGAGCACACAGGGCCUGUGGCUGGGGUGGGCGCCGGGGCUGCUCUGCUACUGUCUCUAGGUCCCUUGAAAAGAUGCCCCUCCACGCACCUUCCUUCGGAACGAGAGCUCCACUGUCUGUCUCCCCACCAUGUAUGCUGCACUGGGUUUCUCUCCUCCUCCUCUCCUCUCCCUCCCCCAGGAGCUGCGGGCCUGCCCGGCCUCCGCUGCCCCUGGCCGCCUUCAGUGGCCAGGGCGCCCAGGAGCCCAGAUCCGGGGCCCCGGCCAGACCUCAGGAUGGGCAUGGUGGCGGCGGGCCCCGGCCUCCCUCCCCCUCCCACACUCCGCCCGAGCCGUCCAGCUGCAGUGGGGUCUGAGCACAGCUCGGGCAGGUGGGCGGGCAGCCUCGCUGGGCCUGUGUCACAGAGGGCGCCUGCUCCUGCCUCCUCCUGCCCUGCCAGCGCCAGGCCCAGGCGAUGCCUGCCCACCGCGCCCCUUUGUCCCCGAGUCGGCGGAGGCGGAAGGCCCACCGUGCCAGAGGCCUGGCACCAGCCUUAACCCUCACUUUGCCAGCAUCUCCCUUUCCCGGAGGCGGCACAUCUGGCUUAUCCCUUCACCCCGAGAGCCUCAGCCAGAGCCUCAUCCCCGCCGCUACUUCUCUGGGGAGUGUGGGCGCGUCGCAUCCCGGUUGGGGUUAUCUGUCUCCUCCUGGCCUCUGCCCUCCAGCACAGCUGCUUCUUGCAGAAAACCAACCUUUGGUCUCUACCUAAGAAGCCAUGUCCCUUGUGCUGUCUCUCGCCUGUCCCGCCCACUCCUGCCCUGUCCUCCCCCCCCCCCCCCAGCUUGUAUUUAAAUCCCCGGGCCGCCCCUUAGGGGCCCCUCUCCCCUCCCCUCUGGUGUCAUGUCAGGCAUUUUGCAAGGAAAAGCCACUUGGGGAAAGACGGAAAAGAAUUAAAAAAUAAUAAAUUUCCACUGGCCCUUGGAUGAGCCAAGGGUUUUUGCAAGGAA